ACGAGAGGGUUAAAACGGGGAGGGGAUCAUGCUGGGAGGCUGACGUAUCGAGAACAGUCGGUGGAUAACUGGGUUGCAACAUCAAUAACAAUCGGUAUAAUACUGCUGGAUCAUCGGCCUUGCAUGCGUUUAAAUACAGGACUCCUCCCUGGCUUAUUGAAUGCGAUUGGUAUGCAUUUUCACAACCCCAGUAGAACACUGUAAAGAGGAAAUUCUGACUCAUUUUCGUGGUUUCGUUAUCUGUGACGAGGGCGUUACAGGAAAGAUGCCAUGUCCAUCGGUGAGUGCGGUGCGCGAUCGCUGAUCAUAAAGAAUGGUGCAUUUGAAUGUUGAUAUGUAGAAAUAACACACGGCUUAUCGUGUUGUAGUUGGAAUAACGGUGUAUAGGACAAUAUCUAUGACAAAUGGAGUAAAACGAAUGAUAAAAUGAGAGGUGCCCGGUCGAUCUGCGCAGGUGGAUCACCAACCUGAUGUUAACGAUCUCGUUUCUCCCCGCGUCUGCCGGGUCGGUAUGCUGUGAAGCUGGUUGUGAAUACCGGAACUCGAGCCAUGCUUCCCGGGGUCGGCGUGUUUGGCACCAGCUUGACCACGCGGGUGAUUAUCCCGCUUUUGAAGAACGAAGGAUUCGCGGUCAAGGCUCUAUGGGGACGGACUCAGGAGGAAGCCGAGGAGCUGGCCAAAGAAAUGAACGUACCGUUUUAUACCAAUAGAAUCGACGACGUUUUGCUGCAUCAGGAUGUGGAUUUGGUGUGUAUCAACCUACCUCCACCUUUAACGCGGCAGAUUGCUGUCAAAACAUUAGGUAUUGGUAAGAACGUGAUCUGCGACCGCACCGCCACCCCACUUGAUGCCUUCCGCAUGAUGUCGGCCGCCCAGUACUACCCCAAACUACUGAGCAUCAUGGGUAACGUGCUGCGCUUCCUGCCCGCCUUCGUACGGAUGAAGGAGCUAGUGGAGGAGGGCUACGUGGGGGAGCUGCUGGUCUGCGAGGCCCAGGUCCACAGCAGCAGCCUGUUGGGUAAGAAGUACAACUGGAGCUGUGACGACCUGAUGGGCGGUGGAGGGUUGCACUCGGUGGGUACCUACAUCAUCGACCUGCUCACCUUCCUGACGGGCCAGCGGGCGGCCAAAGUGCACGGCUUCCUCAAGACGUUCGUCAAGCAGACGGCGCACAUCUGUGGCAUCCGCCAGAUCACCAGCGAUGACUUCUGCACCUUCCAGAUGGUGCUGGAGGGCGGCGCCUGCUGCACAGUCACGCUCAACUUCAACAUGCCCGGUGACUUCCGCCAGGAGGUGAUCGUGGUAGGCACGGUGGGCCGUCUGACAGUCAGCGGCACGGACCUGUACGGCCAGAAGAACACCAUGGAUGGAGGGCCAGAGCUACUUCUGAAGGACAGCACCCCCCUGGAGAAGGCCUCCCUACCGGAGAAGGCUUUCAGCGACAUCCCCUCGCCCUACCUGACAGGAACUAUUUGCAUGGUACAGGCGGUGCGGCAGGCCUUCGAGGACCAGGAUGACCGGCGCACAUGGGAUGGAAGGCCGCUGACUAUGGCGGCCACCUUCGAGGACUGCCUGUAUGCACUGUGCGUGGUGGACACCAUUAAGAAGUCCAACCAGUGCGGCGAAUGGCAGAACAUUGAGGUGAUGAAAGAAGAGCCCGAGGUGAGCCCGGCCUACCUGAUCAGCGAGGCCAUGCGGCGCAGCAGGAUGUCACUCUACUGCUAGCACUGGCACCAAAAUGGCCGACUGGUGCUAGAGACUGGGGGUGAGAGAGUGCCCUCAUUGGCCUGCUGUCUGACCAAUAGGGGAUAAGGGUCCUGUUUCGCUUGUCCCCAAAAUGAUGUGAACAGUGAUGAACGCUCCUCUAUCUCUUUGUCCUCUUUCCUGGAUGAAUAAGCCUCACACUGUGGGUCUGAGAAAGGGAAGCCGUUUCUAUGGAUGCUAGACUCGGGUCAGCAGAGGGGUUUUAUUGUACCUCUAGAGAGGUGAAUGUUUAACCCACAGGGGGCUUGAAUGGUUCAGUCCCUGUCUCAGUGUAUGCGUGCUGUGUAUGAGUGUGAAACCAGAGUGCAAAAAAACGCCUGAAAAAUCUAUAGUUUGGCUGGUAGGGCUUUUAGUAAGGUCCCCCCCUCUGGUAAAGUGUGCAAUAAAUCCUGCCAGAGCUGCAGGCUCGUGGAAUUAUGUCAUCCUGCCUGAAUCAAGGGAAUACCCUUUUUGCCUGCUUCUCGUUUUUGUAGUAACGUCCUUAUGCAAUAGACAGACACACAAUCUGUGGAUGGCGACUCAAUCCCGUGCUAUGCUGUGAGUAAAGCCAAGUGUUUUUUUCUAAUCUCAAGGUCAUUCCCGUUGCUUAGCUAGCCAGCUAGAUUAGCGUCUGCAUGCGCUAAAGCUUCUUACACAAUAGCGACAACGUAGGGUAAAAACAAUCAGUACUAAACCUCUGGGUUAUUGCAUGGAUGGGACAUGAGCAUGCAUCAAGCCAGAUAAACACCCUUUAAGUCUCCCACUAGGAACACUCUGCUUGGCUACUAGUUUCUGUGAAUAUGUAACUUCGUGCUACUAACUGAAGAGCAUGGGUUCAUCCGUUGGAGAGAAGAGAACUGAUGGUCAUGUACUCAUCACUAUCCACACAGGUUACAGGAGAGAAUGGUAGUAGCACAUAUUGACCUACAAGCCAAAACGUUGGAUUCGUGUAUUUUAUUCAAGCGCUAUCUCAUUGUUCUCCCAAUGUUGAUUAUGCUACGUCACAGUCUGCAUAACCUGCCUACAUGUCUAUAGUCUUGUAUAAAACAAAAAGUGAAUUGUUUAAAAUGAGUCAUGAUAUAAAUGUAUUGUUUUGUAUUUUAUUUGUUGUUUUUUUUAAACUGCGGUGUGAAAAGACUGGAACAUGUUUUGAUGAACACACUGUUGAGUAUAAAAGUAUUCGUUUAGUGUUCUGGACUGAUCCGUACGGGGGGUGUCUAGUUAGUGGGCGACAGGCGAGGUGAGAGAGGCCUUUGAGCGUUCAGCUCCUGGAUAUUGGAUAUUUGGCGUUUGGAUAUUUAAGUGGUUGAAUAUUUAAUGUUUGAAAUUAGAAAUGAAUGCUGUGGAAGAUUUCAUGCAUUUGGUGUUCGCUGACUAAUUGGUACAUUUUAAUUUACUGUCUUCAUGCCAUUUAUUCUUUUUUUCUUUUUAUAAAGUGGACAUUUCAGGUCACAGCCAAUGUUGGUUAAGUUCUAUGAUAAAAUGGACAACUGCUGUACCACCUUCAAACUGUAACAACCGAGAUGUUAAUAUUAUAGUGUGUGUGUGUGUACCUGAAGGUGUUACCCUUAGGGCACUGUAGAUGCUCCUUUGACUGUACGCACCCUUCUCUGCGGGACUGUGGUAUGAAAAAAAGAAAAUCGUCAUAUUGCCAAUUC